GGGUGGCGGAAUCGCCAGGCGCUAUCACGCGGGCCCGCCGCGACCGUGUCGUUGAGAAGGACGUCCAGCCAGCGUCCGGCCGCGGUUACGACUCGCCGAAAAGAUGGUCAUGAUGGCUGGCAUGGACGACCACGAGCGCAAAGUCGUCCUCGAGUUCUGCCACCUGCUCGAGAAGAGCAAGCAGCUGUUCAACGGGCUGCGCGACCUGCCGCAAUACGGACACAAGCAGUGGCAGGGUUACUUCGGGCGGACCUUUGACGUCUACACGAAGCUUUGGAAGUUCCAGCAACAGCACAGGACGAUACUGGACACAAAAUACGGCCUCAAAAGGUGGCAGAUCGGCGAGAUCGCCAGCAAGAUCGGCCAGCUUUAUUACCAUUACUAUCUACGUACCAGCGAGACGAGCUACCUGCACGAGGCCUAUUCGUUUUACGCGGCGAUACGCGGUCGCGCCUACUACAGCCGCGCAGCUAAGGAGGACAGGAGCGAUUUGAUGGUGAAGAAGCUCAGGUACUAUGCUCGCUUCAUCGUCGUAUGUCUCCUGCUGAAUCGUAUGAAGCUCGUGCGGGAGCUCGUGCAGGAGCUCGAUGCUCAGAUAGCCGAUUACACCAGCACGUACGAGCCGGAUGAUCAACUCGAGUGGAAUCUCGUUCUCGACGAGAUCAAGGCCUUCGUCAAGGCCGAGUCCGCAGUCGGAGUCCUGCACUCGGACUCGAACCCGAUCGUGCUGACUCACAGGCUCGGUCCGCAAACCUGUCCACCUGUCGAACGAUCGCCACCCAUGUGCCUAUCUCUCCAAGAGAUCCUAAUCGUCGGCAAUUGCGCCGAUCAGGUGAAGUUCAGUGAGUUGUCGAUGGACAUGUUCAGAAUGCUGCAGACACUCGAGCGGGAACCAAGGGACGACCCGAAUCACCUGCACGACGCCUCGCCCGCCGGUCGGAUGCCCUUCAGACCCGGGCCUUAUCCCGGACCGGAGAACGGCGCGCCGAGACGCGACAAUCCGCACAAGUAUCUGCUGUACAAACCGACCUACAGUCAGGUACAAGUGUUCCUCGCGAGUGGCUUCAAGGAGCUACCGGCCAAUGGCGCGUUACUGCUGUACCUGUCGGCGGACGGCUGUUUCUCCACCGUCAAGCAUCCCGAAGAAAUGGGGUACGACCUGGGCGGCGUGUCCACGUGCAGCAAGAGGGAUCCCGAGCACGGGAAGAGGCCGGCCGGCGGCAAGGAGCCGCAUUGCCUGUACCCGGGCGAUCUCUAUCCGUUCACCAGGAAGCCGCUCUUCGUCGUCGUCGACUCGGACAACAGCUUCGUGUUCCAGCAGAUACCGCGCUACUUUGGCCAGCCUCUGAUGGUGCUGAUGUCGCCGCAGGAUGUGCCACCGACCCUGCGCGACCUGCGACACGGUGGCAGCCUGUUCACCCUCUUUCUUCACGCCCCCCUCGCCGCCUUCUGCCUUAUAUGCAACGUCGGGACUCUGCCCGUGCAACAUUGGGAGCGCUGCCAACGUUACAUCGAGCGAUUCCUUAACGAGGCCAGUCAGCUCGUAACGCGUUCCCGAUGCGAGACCAGCGUACUGCAGUUCUUUGGCGAUGAUUUUCUGCGGCUACUGCUGGUACGCUACGUGUUCUGCGACGUGGUGCUGAAUUUACAUCGCUCAUUCAGAGGUCGUCAACAGAGGCCACGUUGCCAUCCGCCUCUGCCGGAUGCGGAGGUCCUCGAGCAUCCUACCCUCCAUCAUCUGGUGCUCGAUCUGGCCGCCUGUCUGGACGCACGUGACCACUUCCCGGACAGUAACGAGCUCGCCUGACCCCGGCAUCUUCCUUGCCCAGGCCCCGACACAACUCUGUUACCAUCUCACAACCACGAUUACGAUUACGACUACUGUAAUUACAAUUGCAACAAUAAAAUCGUUACACUGAGACCUCAUUAAACCGCGUCUUCGCAGUAAUCGCGAGAUAGCGGCCACGUGUGUAUGUGUGACUCGAUCCCGGGACUCUGAAAAAGAGACGAAGAACGAUCCCGAGGUUUCCAAUACGGCACACGAAUGGUAGUAUUGCGAUAUAUGUUAUACGAUAUGCGGCACUGAAGCACGAUAUCGCUCUACCGAGAUUUAACGUGAUUCACAGACGACGGGACUUGUUUACACCGUCCGAUUAUACCGUUUGCGUUGCGCUGCGACAUCGAGAAUCCCUAAAUACGAUCAAACGAGUGUACUGCUAUACGCACCGACGCUUCGGACUGAUAAUGUAAAAAUAAAAAACUACUGCUUUUGGUUUUCUUCGAGAAAGUUACACGCUCGAUGAAAAAAUGCGAAUUUGAAUGCUUGAACUGUAACAUAGGUAUAUAUAUACAUAUACAUACAUACAUAUAUAUAUA